AUGGUGAAAACCGUGAUUCUUGUUCUACUAAUAUCGUUCCUUUCAAUUUUACACUUCUCAGACGCCGAAGAAGAAGAAGCUUUUGACGUUCGCAAACAUCUCUCUACUGUAUCCAGGUAUGGAGUUGUGAAAGACAUUACCGACAAAAACUUCAUUCCUUCUAAAAUUCCUGAAGGAUGUACUCCAAUACAUUUAAAUCUAGUGGCAAGGCACGGAACCCGUUCUCCAACAAAGAAAAGAAUAAAGCAGUUGGACAAUUUGUCAGCCCAUCUGGAAGUUCUUAUAAGGGAUGCAAAAGAGAAACAUUUGUCUUUGGAGAGAAUUCCUACUUGGUUGAAUGGAUGGAAAUCUCCUUGGCAAGGAAAGCUUAAGGGUGGUGAGUUAAUUAAAAGAGGAGAGGAAGAAUUAUAUGCUCUUGGAAUCAGGGUUAGAGAUAGGUUUCCAAGUUUGUUUGAUGAGGAUUACCAUCCAGACAUAUAUCCUAUAAAGGCAACUCAGAUUCCCCGAGCAUCAGCUAGUGCUGUCGCAUUUGGAAUGGGUCUUUUCAGUGGCAAUGGAACUCUUGGACCUGGGCAGCACAGAGCUUUUUCUGUUAUAAGUGAAAACCGUGCUAGUGACACCAUGCUGAGAUUUCAUGAAUGUUGUCAAAACUACAAGGAUUUCAGGAAAAGGCAGGAGCCUGCAGUUGAUAAACUUAAGGAACCUAUCUUGGAUGAGAUUACAUCUGCAUUAGUUGAGCGUUAUGGGCUGAAUUUUACAAGGCAGGUUACAUCAACCCUCUGGUUCUUAUGUAAAGAGGAAGCAUCCUUGUUGGAUAUAACUGAUCAAGCUUGUAGUCUUUUCAGCCCAUCUGAGAUUACAUUGCUGGAGUGGACAGAUGACUUGGAAAUGUACAUUCUGAAGGGUUAUGGUAAAUCAAUAAAUUAUAGAAUGGGGAUGCCAUUACUUGAAGAUGUUGUUCAAUCCAUGGAGCAAGCUAUCAUGGCUAAAGAAGAAAAACAUGUGCCUGGCAGCUUUGAAAAAGCAAGACUUCGGUUUGCACAUGCAGAAACUGUAGUCCCAUUCUCAUGUCUGCUUGGUUUAUUUCUUGAAGGGACUGAGUUUGACAAAAUCCAGAAGGAGAUACCUUUGGCGUUUGCUCCAAAGCCUCCACAGAAAAGAAAAUGGAGGGGUAGCACUGUGGCUCCUUUUGCUGGUAACAACAUGCUGGUCCUGUAUAGAUGUCCUGCGCCAGACAAAGCUAGAAGCAAGCACUUUGUGCAAGUGCUGCACAAUGAACACCCUAUUCCAAUGCCGGGUUGUCAUGGUUCUGAUUUCUGUCCAUUUGAAGUAUUCAAGGAAAAAAUAGUUGCUCCUCAUCGGAAGCAUGACUACGAUACAGUCUGUAACGCAAAGCUAGAGCAGAAGGGCAGCAAGAUAUUCCAAAUACUUCAGUGGCUUUUUCAACUAGGUAAAGAUGACAAGUACCCCAAAGACGAAUUUUAG